AUUUUCUCUGUACUUAAGGGUAAAUAUGUGUGAGUUGGUUAAAAUCCUUCACCACCCUUGACUAAUAAUGUGCCAAGUCCUCUCAAGACUGAUGACCACUGGGACUCAUGGUCUGACACAUGCCAGCUGAAAAGGCAUAGGAAAGACGCCUGCUUGACUGUAACAGCUAUUGGCAAGUAUAACUUGGCUGGUUCUUCUAAGAAAGGUUCCCAGCAUGGAAACUGCCUACCUGAAGAAGUGCUUCGGAACCUGCCUGACCCAGGCGCUGGCAGAGGUGGCAAGAGUGCGGCCCAGUGACCCAAUAGAGUACCUGGCUCACUGGCUUUACCAUUAUAGGAGUAUAACUGUAGCUGAGGAAAAGAGAAGGCAAGAGGAGCUACAGCUUAAGGAAGCACGUGACAGAAGCGCUGAGGAAGCGAAAACAACAGAAAUGCUGAAAGAAGAAGGCUAUCAGAUUCAGCAGAAGUGUGAAAAGUGUCACCAGGAACUGCCCUCAACCUCUUUUUCCUCAGACAAGACCCCAGCCCUGCAGGAAGACACGGCACCCCUUGAGGAGAAGACUAUGAGGCAGGAAUCUCGACCAGGUGCCUCGAGUGUGAUUUCUGAGAUGCCUCAAAGGGCUAUUCCCUCAUAAAAAAAAAAAAAUUUUUUUAAAGGCCUGUAAGGGGAGCACUCAUCUCAUCUAAGAGUUAGGAGGCUAAGAAAGAGGGGUCUACUGAUUCUCUGGUGUGCUAGCCAUAACUACCUUUAAUCACGUGAAGUUUUGAAUUAGCUGUUAGAGAAAGGUGAACUCAGAACAAGAAUUAAAAACAAUAAGUCAUCAAA